UAUUCGACUAUUUUCUUCAAUGGCUUCCAAUGCCCGAUUGCUCUUUCCCCUUGUUCUGAUUUGCUUCUGCACUGUUACCAUAGCCAAAGAAGGACCCUUUUUGCCAAAUUCUGUAAUUCUUCCGGUGACAAAAGAUAUUGCAACACAUCAGUACGUGACACAAAUAUACAUUGGUGAUCAACCCCUCGCUCCAACCAAACUUGUGAUAGAUAUUACUGGUUCAUCUUCUUGGAUUGAUUCUGCCCAUCUGCUAUCUUCAUCUGGGCAUCCCAGGCCCUUUGGUUGUUUUUCAUUGCAGUGCUCAUUGGCAGAGGCUAAUAGCUGCACCAGGCCCAGCAGGACUAGUCGCAAUACUUGUACUCUUGAAGCAGAAAAUCCCAUCACAAAUAUGGUCACCAGAGGAGAGUUAACAGAAGAUAUCAUAGCUGUGCAAGUCACUGAUGGGAUAAAGACAGGAUUAGCUUCUGUUCCUCAUUUUCUGUUUUCAUAUGUGCCUGCAUUAUUACUGCGGGGAUUGGGUGAUGGUGUCAAAGGUGUGUUAGGCCUCGGAAACACUAGAAUUUCACUACCAUCACAAGUUGCUGAUGCAUUUAGCUUCCAGAGGACAUUUUCUUUGUGUCUGUCAUCAUCAAAUGGGGCUCUGAUCGCCGGCGAAAUUCCUUAUGUUUUACCUCAUAAUAAUGACGUUGCAAAGUCAUUAAUGUACACACCCCUUGUCUUUAGAGAAGGUAGCAAGGUGCAAGGUUACUACAUUAAUGUGAAAUCCAUCAAAAUCAACGGCAAGAAGUUGUCGAUUAAUGAAUCGCUGUUAUCGGUAAAUCAAGAAGGUGUUGGAGGGACCAAAAUCAGCACAACAGUUCCCUCUACCACCAUGGUCAGCACAUUGUAUAAUACAUUUAUUAAGGCCUAUAUCAAGGCAGCAAUUGGUAUGAACAUGACCAUGGCGCCUCCUGUGGCACCAUUUGGGAUCUGCUUCAGAUCAGAAGGGUUGGAGGCCAAUAGGGAUGCAUCUAAUGUGCCAAUUAUUGAUCUUGUGCUGCAAAGUGAGAUGGUUAAGUGGAGAAUUGAGGGGAGGAAUUCGUUGGUGCAGGUUAAUGAUAAAGUUAUGUGCUUGGGGUUCUUGGAUGGAGGAUCGAGCUCAAAGGAUUCUGUCGUACUAGGAGGUUAUCAAUUGGAGGACAAUUUGCUGGAGUUCAAACUUGGAACUAAAAUGCUAGGAUUUUCUGCUUUGGCGAUGGGACAUACAACUUGCUCUAAUUUAAGGUCAAGUUAUAUCCCUAGGGAAGCAUUUUGAUUCUUGGUUUUGUUGAAAAGUUCUAGAUGUGACUUAGGAGACAGAUGACCCUUGUACAUGUUAGGGUCCAACUCAUUGGAAGUAGCUGUUUAGGAUUUUAGCUGAAUCAAAAUAUAACAUCCCUUACUGAGAGCUUGUAGAAUUACUUGUGAAACUUUCUGUGUAACUUAAAAAGUUUUCUUUGAUGCA